AUGUUAGAGGAAGGUGUUUUCCGGCGAUUUGGUACGCCGAUAAGAGAAGGUGAAACAUUGCUCUGCUUUUCCGGGGAACGCCUGGAGCAUGUGUUCCAGCAGAGCUCUAACAAUCGAAAGCUGGUGGAAAGAGAGAGGGAGAUACAAACGAGAGAUCGAGAAGAAAGAAGGAGAUGCCGCCGGAGAAAGGGCUUCACCGGGGAAAGAGUGUCGUCGGCCUUGCGGUUGAAUGCUGAUGUGCAUGCGUCGUACAUGAGGUGUUCAGGGAGCUGGACAACCAUCUUAACCAAUCUAGUGGUUUUAAUCUGCGAAGUCUGUUCAGGUACUUCUGGUUUCAAAAGGAAGGGUCUAACUUGA